UGUGCACUAUUGUCUCCGCCGCAUCGUUAAGCCCAUAUCAGUAAAUUUGUAGUUUUGUUGUUGUGGUUUUUGUUUUGUUUGCCUCUUCCAGUGGAGCUGCGACAAUCAAGCCAGGGGUUUUGGGAUUUGACUCGGUGAAGCUGAGGUCUAGUCUGCCGCGAUGGGAAUACACGGGCUUGCCAAGCUGAUUGCUGACCAGGCUCCUGGUGCCAUAAAAGAGCAGGACAUCAAGAACUACUUUGGGAGGAAGAUUGCUAUUGAUGCCUCCAUGUGCAUCUACCAGUUCCUGAUCGCUGUGCGACAGGAUGGCAACGUUCUGCAGAAUGAGGAUGGGGAGACAACAAGCCACCUGAUGGGAAUGUUUUACCGGACGAUCCGCAUGCUGGAGCACGGCAUCAAACCUGUGUAUGUGUUUGACGGGAAGCCCCCACAGCUCAAGUCUGGGGAGCUGGAGAAGAGAGGGGAGAAGAGAGCUGAAGCUGAGAAGCUGCUUGCCCAAGCUCAGGAAAUGGGGGAGCAGGAGAACAUCGACAAAUUCACCAAGCGGCUGGUAAAAGUCACCAAGCAGCACAACGACGAGUGCAAGAAGCUGCUGACUCUGAUGGGCGUGCCCUACAUCGAGGCUCCAUGUGAGGCCGAGGCCAGCUGUGCCGCUCUGGUUAAAGCAGGGAAAGUCUUUGCCACAGCAACAGAAGAUAUGGACGGACUGACCUUUGGGACAAACGUCCUGCUCAGACACCUCACCGCCAGCGAAGCAAAGAAACUUCCUAUACAAGAGUUCCACUUCAGUCGCAUCCUGCAGGACAUCGGCCUGACCAACGAACAGUUCAUAGACCUAUGCAUUCUGCUAGGCUGCGACUACUGCGGCACCAUCAAGGGCAUUGGCCCCAAGAGAGCCAUCGAUCUGAUCAAACAGCACGGCUCCAUCGAGGAGAUCUUGGAAAACAUCGACCUCAGUAAGCACCCUGCUCCAGAGGACUGGCUGUACAAGGAGGCCAGGGGGCUGUUCCUGAAGCCCGACGUGGUGGACUGCUCCUCGCUGGAGCUGAAGUGGAACGAGCCGGACGAGGAGGCACUGGUCCAGUUCAUGUGUAACGAAAAACAGUUCAGCGAGGACAGGAUCCGUAAUGGCUACAAGAAGAUUGUGAAGAGCCGACAGGGCAGCACUCAGGGACGACUGGACUCCUUCUUCACUGUCACCGGAUCAUUGUCGUCGAAACGCAAGGAACCCGAGAUUAAAGGAUCAGCGAAGAAGAAGCAGAAGACUGGAGCCACGCCAGGCAAAUUUAAGAAGGCCAAAUAGACUUCAGAGAGGAAGCGAGACGAGGCAGCAGGAAGUUGCAAAAUAUGAGUUUACCCAUUGUUGUAUUGUACAUUGGCAACCGUUUUUCUGUGUAUGUUUGUUUGUUGAAAAGUCAGCAGGAGUAACGAGGACUGUUUUACCUGACUCAAAAACUCAAUCAACAAUAGCUUUUAGGAAAGUGUGUCUUUUCUGUAAAGGAAUAAAAGUUAGGAAGGCUUUUUGUGAUUAUUUUCUUUCUUUGUUUUUUUUAUACGAUUUCCUUCCUUCUUUCCGUACCUCACAUAGUAGCAUUUGCAUUUUGUCAAAUCAUUACAACGACCUCCAACCAGAGGCACAGAGACUGAACAACAGCUAUACUUUAUUUAAAAUCCACAUGAGUACAUGAAAUACAGACAGAUUCCGUUUUGCAUGAUCUUGCUCACUGUUGUUAACAAGAUCUCUCCAUUUGGCAAAAAAAA